AUGCCCGCCACGCCUCUACAGAGCCCCGAAGCAAGUAGCACUGGUGGUACGAUUCGGGCGCCAAGCGGUCCGCGUUUCCCGCCCUCGCGUAUCGAGUGCAUGCCGCCGCUCGCCCUGCCCUCGAACCUCCAAGAGCACGUCGACGCGGUGUUAGACGGCGAUCUUCCGGGGUCGCCUAGCGCAGUCAAGAAGCCACCUCGCAGCUGUCCGCGGAGCGCGCGCCGCAUGCCGCCACACCGCGUCUUCAGCUUCCCGCUCCGGGCAGGCCCGCCGCCAGAGAUACGCACGAAGACCAUACGUCUGUCGGACACGAGCGCAGAGCCGACCCCGCGUCUUCCAAGCCUUGCAUUCUCGUCGCCCACAGCGAUGCUGCGGGUCUCGAGCCUCCCUGCGAAUGUCCCUGCAGGUCUGGCAGAGAUCGCCAGCACGCAGAUGCCAUCCGAUGGCUCACCUCCAACGCCCUCCACCCCGCGCGUCGGAACGGCUCGCCCUGAUCCCGAGCGAGGGUGCCCGGUCAUGGAGCGGACCAAGACGGUCUACGGUCUACCGGCACGCCAGGCUCGAAAAGUGGUGGCAGUGCCUAUGUCCCGUACGCCGUCGUUACUCGGUGUGGUCCAUCAGCAGAUAGACGCAGACAACGAGCCCGAGCCGCCUAAGAUGGAGCGCACGAGUUUGGAGGGCAACGGCCACCUCGGUAAUCAUGAUCUGACUGAUGCGUGCAGCCGGCCAAAGCGGCGUCCAGGAGCCGAGGCUCAUGGCCAGUCUAUACUGUCUCUGAAACUUCUCCGCUGCAAUAAUCUACACGAUCUGCUGCUGGCUAUGGCUGGACUGGGGCUUACCAUUUGCUCACUGUCCGGGGAUUAUGCGGGUACCAAUUACCAUGCGACUCUUGAACGCGCCUUCAUUAAGAGAGACGGCAGAACCGCGGAAAUCGCAGCUUCCGGUAGCCUUGUGAUCAUCCCCGGCUACGAGGCUGGAUACCUGCCCCCCAGGCCGCCGUUCGUCUCAUCGACGUUUUCAGUGGUUAAUGGGACGGGUAACUUCACUGUCCAGGUCGUCCUGGACCCCAACCACACGAUCUCGUUCGCUCAGCCGAUCAUGUACCCGUCAGGCGCUGCGCCUGGAGCUGGAUGGCCGUUGAUUAUUGCAUACGAUGCUCUCAGCAUCCCUGUGCCGGACGGUAUCGCCGUAAUGGUCUACACUAACGACAACAUAGCGCAGCAAAACGGCCCUAGUAGUCGUGGCAUUGGCUUGUUCUAUGAUCUCUACGGCGCGAACGCGACCGCUUCCGCGAUGACGGCCUGGGUCUGGGGCGUCAGCCGCAUUAUCGACGCGCUUGAAAUCACGCCAGAGGCCAAUAUAAACACGGCGAAGAUAGCCGUCACCGGCUGCUCGCGCGACGGCAAGGGUUCACUCAUGGCAGGCGCGUUCGAGCCACGUAUCGCGCUGACGAUCCCGCAAGAAUCCGGCUCCGGCGGCGACACUUUCUGGCGGCUUGGCGACAUAGUGCAGCAGGCAACUGAGAUUGUGACGGAGAACGUCUGGUUCUCCGUCAAUUUUGACAACUACGUAUACAACAUCAGCGAGCUGCCGUACGACCACCAUGAACUCGCGGCCAUGGUCGCCCCGCGCCCCAUGAUCUCGUACGAGAACACAGAGUUGGAGUGGCUGAGCCCACUGAGUGGCUUCGGUUGUAUGACUGCCGCGCAUACGGUAUAUGAGGCUCUCGGCAUCGCAGAGCACCAUGGCUUCGUCCAGGUCGGGAACCACAGCCACUGCUAUUUCCCCGAUACACUGAACGCGUCGCUGUUCGCCUUCUUCGAGAAGUUCUUGCUAGACGAGGAGGACGUCAGCACGGACUACUUCUAUACUAAUUACAUGUUCAACGGCACAGUGUGGGAUCCUAGCCACUGGAUCAACUGGACUAUUCCUCAACUUCACUGAUCAGGCUGCCUCUGGCCAUCCCAGCGGAUGGGCGUUGUUGCCGCUCACGCGACGGGCUGUGUUGAUCAGGGCGAACGUUAUGCGACACUGUCAUAACAAUAUGCGUUAAUGCACAAAGCACGCAGCCGCGCAGUAUUCAGUGAUU